UUCACUCGUGGUUUCCAUGGCCUUGACUCGCUUCAUUCGUCAGCCAUCACCCUGGUUCCAACUCACGGCCUGCAGGUGUGAGGAGAGUUUGGCCUCGCCUCUGGCCUACAGCUCCUUCACCAGCUCCUCCGUGUUGGCGGGAGGCUACGGAGCGGGUUAUGCCAAACUCAACCGCAGGGCUGGUGCUGGGGGCUGGUCGCCGAUGUACAUGGACCAUUUCCAGUGGUUACAAGUGGACUUGGGUUCUAGAAAGCAGGUAGUUGAGGUAGCAACACAGGGCCGCUACAGCAGUGCUGACUGGACCAGCCACUACCGACUGCUCUACAGCGACACAGCCAGAAACUGGAGGCCUUAUCUACAGGAUGGGAACAUCUGGACAUUUCCAGGGAACUCCAACAGUGAGGGUGUGGUGCGUCACAAGCUGCAGCAUGCUAUCUUAGCUCGCCACAUCCGCUUUGUCCCACUGGACUGGAACAGGGAGGGACGCAUCGGCCUCAGAGUGGAUGUCUAUGGCUGCCCAUACUGGGCGGAUGUGAUCAGUUUUGAUGGCCAAAGUGUUAUCUCAUACCGCUUCAGGAGCAAGAAGAUGAAGAUUGUGAAAGACGUUAUCUCUUUAAAGUUCAGGACAUCAGCUAGAGAUGGAGUGCUUCUUCAUGGGGAAGGACAGCAGGGAGACUACAUCACUCUGGAGCUCCGCAAGGCUCGGCUGCAACUAAGCAUCAACCUGGGCAGCAACCAGUACGGUUCCAUUCAGGGCCACACUUCAGUUACCAGUGGAAGCCUGUUGGAUGAUGAGUACUGGCACUCCGUUGUCAUGGAGCGUUAUAGAAGAAAUGUGAAUUUCACAUUGGACCACCACACUCAGCAGUUCAGGACCAAUGGAGAGUUUGACCACUUGGACCUAGACUAUGAGAUCAGCUUUGGAGGGUUGCCAGUUUCAGUGAAGCCUAGUUUGGGAGGGCGAGAGAACUUUGUGGGCUGCAUGGAUGGAAUCACCUACAAUGGAGAGAACAUCACCAGCCUGGUCCGGAGGAAGAAGGUUGACACCUCCAGCUUUCAUAACCUGACUUUUUCUUGCGCGGAGUCUCACUCCUUUCCAGUCUUCUUCAACUCCUCAUCCUUUCUGCGGCUCCUGGGGCAGGGUGAGAGUGAUAUGUUGUCUGUCAGUCUGGCCUUUCGUACAUGGAAUCCCAGUGGGCUGUUGAUGUACACCGUCCUGGCAGAUGGCAUGGUGGAAGUAGGGCUAACAGAUGGCAAGGUGACCGUCUACAUCAACGUGACACAGAAGAAAAAGACACGCAUUGAGAUCUCAUCAGGAUCUGGUUUGAAUGAUGGCCAGUGGCACAGCAUCCAUCUGAAUGUCAUGGAUAACUAUGCCAUGUUGACUAUUGAUGGAAAUGAGGCCUCCACCAUCAGAACAGCCAUCCCUUUUCAAAUCAAGACUGGGGGGACCUACUACUUUGGAGGCUUUUCCCUGCAUACGAACACACCUCCUCUUCAGCGCUCCUUCCAGGGCUGCAUGCAAAUGAUACAUGUUGACGACCAGCUGGCUGACCUCAAGGCUGUAGAGCAGGGCAUCAUUGGAAGCUUUGAAAAUGUUAGCCUUGACAUGUGUGCCAUCAUAGACAGGUGUGUUCCUAAUCACUGUGAGCAUAGUGGUCGUUGCUCUCAGACAUGGGAUACUUUCAGCUGCAAUUGUAACGGCACUGGCUACACUGGAGCUACAUGUCACACCUCGGUGUAUGAACAGUCCUGUGAAGAGUAUAAGCAGUUGGGAAAGGGGUCGGGAAGCUACUGGAUUGACCCGGAUGGUAGUGGACCUAUCCCUCCCUUCAAAGUCUACUGUGACAUGAAAGAGGACAAGGCAUGGACCACAGUAAAGAACAAUCUGUCUCCUCAGACGUCAGUGACCAGUGCAGACCAGGAAGGAAAGUCGGUGCUGCAGCUCAGUUACAAUAUGACAACUGAACAGGUGUUAGCGAUUACCAACAAUGCUGAGCACUGUGAACAAAAUAUUGCCUUCACAUGCCGCAUGUCUCGUCUGCUCAACACUCCAGAUGGUGUCCCGUUCACCUGGUGGGUGGGAAAAGCCAAGGAGAAACAUUUCUACUGGGGUGGGUCAGGGCCUGGGAUCCAGAAGUGUGCCUGUGGUAUCGAACGCAACUGCACCAACCCAAGAUACUUCUGCAACUGUGAUGCUGACCAGCGCCAGUGGAGGGAGGAUGUGGGCCUGUUGGUGUAUAAGGACCACUUGCCAGUCAGCCAGGUGGUGGUGGGGGACAUCAAUAGGCCUGGAUCUGAAGCCAAACUCACUGUAGGGCCGCUCAGAUGUCACGGGGAUCGUAACUAUUGGAAUGCAGCGUCUUUUACUAGCCCAGCCUCCUACCUGCACUUCCCUGCCUUUAGAGGAGAGACCAGUGCUGACAUCUCCUUCUACUUCAAGACUUCUUCAGUCUAUGGAGUAUUUCUGGAGAACCUUGGCAGCACCAACUUCAUACACAUCGAACUGAGGGCUGCCUCGGUGAUUUCCUUUUCUUUUGACGUGGGAAAUGGCGUGGAGGAACUCAGUGUGCGUUCUCCUACUCCGCUUAAUGACGACCAGUGGCAUCGUGUGGAGGCAGAUAGGAACGUCAAAGAGGCAAGUCUGCUACUUGAUGGACAACAUGGAGAGAUCCGCCCGGCUCCCACACAGGGACAGACCAGACUGGAGCUCUCCAGCCAGCUGUAUGUCGGACUACCCGCCAGCAUGACUUGUGUUUAUAGUGCCUCAGGUGGUCAGAGGGGUUUCCUGGGUUGCAUCCGUGCUCUCAAGGUGAAUGGUGUAACCCUUGACCUGGAGGAAAGGGCAAAGCUGACACCUUGGGUUAAGCCGGGGUGCCAAGGCCACUGUACCAGUUAUGGGAUUCACUGCCGGAAUGGAGGGAAGUGUGUGGAGCAGUACAAUGGUUACACAUGUGACUGUUCCCUCACUGCAUAUGAUGGGACUUUCUGCACCAAUGAUGUCGGUGGCUACUUUGAGACAGGAACUCUUGUACGCUACGACUUGCCACCAGAGAUGGGAUUUCCUGUGUUAGGGGACACGGAGAGACUUUCAGAUAUCGACAUUUCCAACGAGGCCAACUUGACACAGGAAGAGCUGUCAUUUAGCUUCAGUACCGCCAGCACCCCAAGUAUACUUGUGUACGUCAGCUCCAGGACACAGGACUACCUGGCUGUGGUGCUCAUGCACAACGGUGCUCUUCAGAUCCGCUACAGCUUAGGAGGGCUGAAGGAACCAUACACCAUUGAUAUGGACCACCGUAACCUGGCAAACGGACAUCCACAUCAUGUCAACAUUUCUAGGAACCUCAGGAACAUACGACUAAAGCUGGACCACUACCCAGUGUCCACCUACACUCUGCCUGAGGCCUCUGACACCCAGUUUAACCUGGUAAAGACCAUCUUCCUGGGGAAGGUGUUUGAAACCGGGCAAAUCGACUCCAUCCUAAUUGAACGAUACAACACACCGGGCUUUGUGGGAUGUCUGUCCCGAGUGCAGUUCAACAACGUGGCUCCGCUGAAGGCUGCCCUGCGUCCUGGCCUGGCUGCACCUGUUAACACGCAGGGCAUUCUGGUCCCGUCUAACUGCGGAGCCUCACCACUUACUAUCGCUCCCAAAGUACCUGUCAAUGACCCUUGGCAUCUGAACGCUGAUGGUGCUGUUUUCCCUUUCAAGGAGGAGAAAGUCAGUCAGGACAGGGUGGAUCGGAACUCUGCAAUUGUCGGAGGCAUCAUAGCCGUGGUGAUCUUCACUAUCCUGUGCGUUCUGGUCUUCAUGAUUCGACACAUGUUUCGUCACAAGGGCUCCUACCACACCAACGAGGCUAAGGGGGCUGAGUCGGCAGACUGCGCUGAUGCAGCCAUCAUCGUCAACGACCCCGCUUUCACAGAGACCAUCGAUGAAAGCAAGAAGGAAUGGUUUAUCUGAAAGCUUUCUGGACGAUGGACACCAUGACAUUGUGAAAUAAUUAUCUAGACUUAGGAAGUAGCGGUGAAUAGUGACCACUCGUGCUCCUUGUGAAUAUGGAGAGUGGUUUCACGUAAGCAACAAAGGACAUCUUGGCACCGCAGUGUUGUUAUUGGCAGAGCGGUGGGUUGUGGUGAACUGUGCCCAUGUUGAUAAUUGGAUGGUUCAUAUUAAUGUUACUUGGAAUGGCCAGUGUGAAAGGUUAACAAAGCCUUCAGACGAUGGAUUGACUGGUACCCUUA